CGUCGUCGGCUGGAACGCCCUCGGACAAUGUGAAAUUAACAGAGAACACGCAGUACGAGUUCGAACGUCAUUCGAAACGCACGCAACUCUUUGCUACUUCUUUGGAGAACGAUCAAGAGAAAUACAUAACAAUAAUAAAAAACAAAAUCUUUUUGUUUUGUUUUUUAUUUUUUCUUACAAGUUAUCGCAAAAGUGUAAAUUUUUUAGAAUAUUAUUAUUAUUAUUAUUAUUUUUUCUUUUUUGAAAUAUCGGUGUGCAAGUUAAUAGGAUUAUCUUAACAACAACAACAAAAGGAAUAAAAUUCGUGUGAGAUUAUUAUCAACGUGAUUGAGAAGGAGCAACACUUCAAGAUUUCUGUUAUUUUCUUCUCAUAUUCUUCUUCUUCUUCUUCCCUAAUUUUCCUUUUUUUUUUCUUUUCCCUAUUUUGCAGAGAAGCGAUGCGUCAGACGAUCUAGCGAUCAUGAACAAGACAGAAUUGAACAUAGUCCUUAGCACGGAACCACCGAGGACAACAACAACAACAACAACAACAAUAACAGCAACUAACGUGAUUCAUUCUCAUAUUCCUGUACCAAGGAUAACUAAUCCUCAAAUAAAACCUCAAGAAAGAUGUUUACCAAUAAGAAGAGGUUCUUUCGAAAAACUUGGUAGAACAACUUCUGUAGCUGCACAAAAAGCUAAUUUUGAAAGACUCGAUGCUUCUUCGGUACAACUCAGAUCUAAGCAUAACACCUUGUCGACGUCUAGCAUAGAAAUGCGAAAUGUCGAUGAUAAAUCCAAUAUCAAUACGUUGAAAAAAACCGAUUUUAUAUUUCCUAAAUUAAAUGGCAAUGGUAAUAGUAAUACCAACAACAAUUGUUUCCUCGAAAACAAAUGGAAAAGUAAAUACGAGGAAUCAGAAAAAAGGAGAAAAUUGUUACUUCAAAAAACCGAGAUUGCAAACAAGGAACAUGCAGAUUUGGAAAAAAAGUUGCAACAAUUGCAAAGGCAAAAUAGUACUUUGCAAUUGCAAGCACAAGAGAAAGAAGAAAAGUUAAAUAAAUUACGUACAGUAUCCGAAGCAGUAUGUAAGGAAUACGAACAAUUAAAACGUCAGUAUGACGUUGAAACAGGUGCAAUGCACAAAGCUAUGCAACAAGCGUCGGAAUGGUAUAAACAAAAUCGAGAAUUGAAACGAAAAUCUCAAAUGAUAGCGCAAAAAUAUUUGCAAAUUCAUCCAGGAGGAUCGGUCGAUCUCGAUAUUUCCGACGAAGUUGAUUCUAAUUUCGAAGAUUUAGAUCAACUUAGAGAAACGGUCAGAGAACUCAGUCAAGAGAUAGCAAAACUUCAGACAGAUUUAAAUUCAGCACGAUUGCAGGAAUUUGAAGCUCAAGAACAAAUAACACUCUUGACGACUCAGUUGGAAGAGGAAAGAACGCUCAGACAGAAAGCCGAUGAUAAAAUAAAUGAGAUGAAAAUGCAAAAAGAAAAUAUGGAAAGGGUUACAAAGAUGGUAGCAAAAGAGGUUCAAGCAUUGAAGACACAAUGCGAUCGUGAGAGAGAAACGGCUAAAAUAAUGAAAUUGGAAGCAGACAAGGCACAAAAAGAACGUAACGUUUUGGCUCAUCAAAGCGCUCUCUUAAUGGCAGAGGUUGGAGAUGAUCCAAACGGAAGGUUGCUAAGUGUCCUUCAAGAAGUCGAAUCCUUGAAAAGAUUAUUAGAGGAGGAACAACAGAAUCAUGCGUCUCACAUUCAAAUGCUUCAAGAAAAAUUAGAGGAGAAGGAAUCUAAUGUGGAAUUUGAAAUAGUUGAAGAAAAAUUAAAAUUAGCCGAAUCAGAAUUAAACGUAGAACGAAAGAGAGCUGAGCGAGCUGAAAGAUCGGUCUACGAUUUAGAAGAUGUUGUUAGAAAUAUGCAAGAGAAAAUAGUUGAAUUGGAAGAGAAACUUGCUAGACCUAUGCCUUCUUUGUUACCGCCACCUCCACCUCCACCUCCACCACCACCACCAUUGCCUUCCAUAUCGUCGACUGGUAAUGCGACUAUCAAAUUGUUAACGAAGGAAAAAUUGCAUUCUGAAUGUAAUGCAGUUAGCGAUAUGGAAUCUAUGCUUGGAAUGCAUAAGAAAAAUUCAACUGUAACUCAACAACCCGUCAUCGAUGAUAUUAUUAAUCAAAUAAAAGGCGGUCGAUUCACAUUGAAACAAACGGAUAAACAAAGAGAAGAGGAAAGAAAAAGACGACAAGAGGCAGAAACAGCUCCACCGGCUGUAUCAGAAAUGCUCAAUAUAUUGGGAACAAUGAGAAGAAGAGCUAAACCAACAAGACAAUUUUUUCAAAUCACUGACACAAAGACGUAAUUAAUGAUUACGUCUUUGACACAAGACAAAAAUAAUGUUCAAUAUGUAAUAAGUAAAAAAGAAUAUCUGUUAGGAGAGGGUUAUAUUAUUUAUAUUAUUAUAGAAAGAAAAUGUAUAUUUUUCUUUUUUUUUUUUUUAUACUUUUGUUAUAAACACGUCUCUAACGAAAAGUUAAUGAUUAUAAAUAUACGAUAAAUAAAAUCUAGGGUGAGAAGAUAUUAAUUAUCGAGGAGACAAGAUUUAUAUGCGUAUUUCAAAGUUUCCAAUAAGCGGUAGAAAAAAAUAUAUUAUCACAUGAAAAGCUACACUUAUCAGCAUAUCACAUACAUAUAUGUAUAUAUGGGGCAUUCCACGUUAAAUUAACCGCUUUUGACCCCGACUUCUUUCAAUUUUGCUGAAACUUUUAAAUCAUUUUUUGCCUAAUUUUUUCAUUCACCCCUUUUCUCAUCAAGUUUUGUACCGAUGAUUUUUCGAAUAUCCUACAUUUUUUUCUCGUAUCAUAGAAACAAGCAAAAUAAAAUCACACCAUUU